AUGGGCAACUUAGCUUCGCAAGUUGCUGCAUUGUCCAAGAAAUUAGACACAAUGGGAGUCCAUGUAGUUCAAAAUUCAUUUGUUGUUUGUGAGAUGUGUGGGGAUGGCCCUUUAAAUGAUCAAUGUCCAUAUAAUUUUGAAUCAGUUCAGUUUGUGGGGAACUUCAAUAGACAGUUGAACAACCCAUAUUCUAAUACUUAUAAUCCUAGUUGGAGAAACCAUCCCAAUUUCUCAUGGAAUAACAAUGCAAGGCCUUCCAAUCCAAAACCCAACAUGCCUCUUGGUUUUCAACAACAAGUUAGACCACUAGUUCCUGAAAAGAAGUCCCAAGUGGAAGAACUUCUCUUGCAAUAUAUAUCAAAGAAUGAUGCUAUAAUUCAAAGCUUUGGAGCAUCCUUGAGAAAUCUUGAAGCCCAAAUAGGACAGCUUGCAAAUUCUGUCAAAAAUAGACCUCAAGGGGUGAAUGAAAAAGUAGUUGAACUUGAGAAUGAAGAUGUUGAUAAGGAAGGAAUAUGUGAGAAAGAGAGUGAAGUCGAUCAGAAAGAAGAUGUCAAGGCAGAAAAUCAUGGAACUUCUCAAGUCAUCCAUCCUCCACCACCUUUUCCCCAAAGGCUCCAAAAGCAAAAGCUUGAAAAGAAAUUUCAGAAGUUCAUCGAUGUCUUCAAAAAAUUACACAUAAAUAUUCCUUUUGCUGAAGCUUUUGAACAAAUGCCCAGUUAUGUCAAAUUCUUGAAGGACAUCCUCUCCAAAAAAAGAAAGUUAGGUGAGUUUGAAACUGUCUCCCUUACAGAAGAGUGUAGUGCAAUUUUUCGAAAUAAAUUACCACCAAAACUUAAAGACCCAAGUAGUUUCACAAUCCUUUGCAUAAUUGGUAAUUUAUUUUUUGCAAAAGCUUUGAGUGAUUUAGGUGUAAGUAUCAAUUUAAUGCCUUGGUCAAUUUUUGAGAAACUUAGUUUGGGGGAAUACAAACCCACUUCUGUUACUUUGCAAUUGGCUGAUCGUUCUUAUGUGUACCUAAGGGGAAUUAUUGAAGAUGUUCUUGUUAAGGUAGAUAAAUUUAUUUUUCCAAUUGAUUUUAUAAUUCUUGACAUGGAAGAAGAUAGGCAAAUUCCAAUCAUUCUUGGGAGGCCAUUCUUAGCAACUGCUAGAGCUUUGAUUGAUGUUGAAAAAGGUGAGCUCACUUUGAGAAUUCAAGACCAAUAG